AUGGCGACCAUACCAGCUCCUUGUUGUUUAGGACAACAGUUUUCAGCUUCUAUUGACGAAACAGGAGGACAAGUGCCUGAAGGAAAAAGUAGUAGAUUCAUUGACGAAAAACUUUAUGUGCAAUUCGAUUACACGAACAAAAGAAUGUAUAUUGAGGGAUCUACAAAGCUUCCGCUUGGAGGGAGAAACCAGUUUAAACUGGUUAAUGACUAUAAGACGAAUCAAAUGUUUUCAUUAACAAACGGUGUAUGCUAUGCAAUGGGAACUCCGAGCACACCUCUGCAAGACCCAUGCCAACUCCUAAACGCCACCUUUGUCGGAUCCUCACUUUUGGGAUCUCCAUCUAAGCAUAUUGCAGUCAACACUUUUCAAAUGACCUUGGAUGAAACCAAAGUCAAAGUCGUAUUGUCUGCAGACGGAUCCUGCACCCCUGUUUUGUGGACGAUUGUUGGAAAUCUAAGGGGAGCUCAGCAACAAUUGACCAUGACUUUCUCUAACUACACUCCUGGGCUAAAAGAUGCUUCCGUCUUCAGCUUUGAUAGAUCUUCAUGUCAACCAGCUCCAACAUCUGGACCAUAA